GAGUGAAUGAGCGAGCGAGAGAGAGAAGGGCUCGGGUUGUAACGUUCAGCCGUCUGACUCUCACUGGAAUAAUCUAAAACCAUCUCUGAACAAAUGGUCUGAAAGGAAAAAAAGACAUCUUAGAAAUUGGAAGCUUGUCUCUGUGCGUGUGUUUGGGAUGAAGCACCUGUGGGACAUUCACUUCCUCCUGCUCAUCCUCCUCUACCUGUUAGCAGCCGUCACGUCACAGGUCAACCCAGGUGUGUGUCGGUAUCCUUUGGGCAUGUCAGGAGGGCAGAUACAGGACGAGGACAUCUCUGCCUCCAGCCAGUGGUCCGAAUCCACUGCUGCUAGAUAUGGCAGGUUGGACUUUGAGGAGGGCGAUGGCGCGUGGUGUCCGGAGAUAACGGUCGAGCCAGACAACCUGAAGGAGUUCCUACAGAUUGACCUGCGCUCGCUCCACUUCAUCACCCUUGUGGGCACCCAGGGUCGACACGCUGGAGGCAUUGGUAAUGAGUUCGCCCAGAUGUACAAGAUUAAGUACAGUCGCGAUGGAAGCCGCUGGAUCUCGUGGAGAAACAGACAGGGCAAACAGGUGAUUGAAGGAAACAGAAACGCCUACGACAUUGUACUCAAGGACCUGGAGCCACCCAUCAUCGCUCGCUUUGUCCGCUUCAUGCCAGUCACUGACCACUCCAUGAACGUCUGCAUGAGAGUGGAGCUCUAUGGCUGUGAAUGGCUGGAUGGCCUGGUGUCGUACAACGCUCCGGCGGGAGAACAGAUGACCUCGCCUGCCUACCCCGUUUACCUCAAUGACUCUGUCUACGAUGGAGCUGUCAUCUACAGUAUGACAGAGGGCCUGGGUCAGCUGACUGAUGGAGUGUGUGGUCUGGACGAUUUUACACACAGUCACGUCUACAAUGUGUGGCCUGGGUAUGACUACGUGGGCUGGUACAAUGAAAGCUUCCCCAGUGGAUAUGUGGAAAUAAUGUUUGAGUUUGACCGCACACGAAACUUUACCACCAUGAAGGUCCACUGCAACAACAUGUUUUCCCGGCAUGUCAAGGCUUUCCGGCAGGUGCUGUGCCACUUCCGCUCCGAAUCAGACUGGGAGGCCACGCCGCUCUCUUUCAGCCCUGUGGUGGACGAGAAGAAUCCCAGCGCCCGCUUCGUCACAGUCAACCUGGCCAAUCACAUGGCCAGUGCCAUCAAAUGCCAGUUCUACUUUGCUGAUGCCUGGAUGUUGUUCAGUGAGAUCACCUUCCAGUCAGACACAGCCAUGUACAACACAACUUUGGCUCCACCUAAGACAGGACUGCCACCUAACACACAACCAGAAGAUGACCCCACGCACAAAGUAGAUGACAGCGACACCCGAAUUUUGAUUGGUUGUUUAGUGGCCAUUAUCUUCAUUCUUGUGGCCAUCAUUGUCAUCAUCUUGUGGAGGCAAGUGUGGCAGAAGAUGCUGGAGAAGGCCUCCCGUCGGAUGCUGGAUGAUGAACUAACUGCUAGUUUGUCAAUACAGAGCGAGACGUUCGCCUACAACCACAACCAGUCCAGUACAAUCAGCGAACAGGAGUCCAACUCCACCUAUGAGCGCAUCUUCCCCCUCGGUCCAGACUACCAGGAGCCCUCACGCCUCAUAUGUAAGCUGCCGGAGUUUGCACAAAGCUCAGAGGAGCCAGCUUCUACCAGCACAGCAGCAUCUAAAUCCACCACAACCACUGUUGUCCAAGAUGGCGUCCCUCACUACGCAGAGGCAGAUAUUGUAAACCUGCAAGGAGUCACUGGAAGCAACACAUACGCCAUCCCUGCACUGACUAUGGACCUGUUAUCAGGGAAGGAUGUUGCAGUGGAAGAGUUCCCACGAAAACUGCUCACCUUCAAAGAAAAGCUGGGAGAGGGCCAGUUUGGAGAGGUGCACCUGUGUGAAGCAGAGGGAAUGCAGGAGUUCAUGAAUAAAGAGUUUUUAUUUGACAUCCCUGAGGACCUGCCAGUUUUAGUGGCUGUGAAGAUGCUCCGUUCAGAUGCUAACAAAAAUGCUAGAAAUGACUUCCUGAAAGAGAUAAAGAUCAUGUCCCGUCUGAAGGACCCAAACAUCAUUCGCCUCCUAGCUGUGUGCAUCUACAGCGACCCGCUCUGCAUGAUCACAGAGUACAUGGAGAACGGAGAUCUCAAUCAGUUUCUGUCCCGCCAUGAACCCGAGGGACAACUCGCUCUGCUCAGCAAUGCACCUACUGUCAGCUUCAAUAAUCUGUGCUACAUGGCCACUCAGAUAGCAUCGGGGAUGAAGUACCUCUCCUCUUUAAACUUUGUUCAUCGAGACUUGGCCACACGAAAUUGCCUGGUGGGCAAGAAGUACACAAUAAAGAUAGCUGACUUUGGCAUGAGCAGAAACCUGUACAGCGGUGACUACUACCGCAUCCAGGGCAGAGCUGUGCUGCCUAUACGCUGGAUGUCAUGGGAGAGCAUCCUGCUGGGUAAGUUCACCACAGCUAGCGACAUGUGGGCCUUUGGGGUGACCCUGUGGGAGAUACUAAACUUCUGCAAAGAGCAACCCUACUCUCAGCUCACUGAUGAGCAGGUGAUAGAGAACACAGGGGAGUUUUUCAGGGACCAGAAAAGACAGAUCUACUUGCCUCAGCCUGUGCUGUGUCCAGACUCGCUCUAUAAGAUCAUGCUGAGCUGCUGGAGGAGGAACACAAAAGAACGGCCCUCCUUCCAGGAAAUACACCAAGCCCUCCUGGAAAUACAGCCUUAAGCCAGGGCUAUGUUUAAGACAGUGAUUCCCAGUCUGCUCAUCUCUGGAAGAAAUGGUGCUUAACAAGAGUAGCAGACACACUCCAGGUUUAAGCUGUCUUGUUUCAGUAGAUUAAAAAGGUGAGAGCCACCUGUGGGCUACGAGCUACAAUUUGGGAAACACUGUUCCAUGGACUUAACACACUACAAAGAUGGACUACCAGAGACAUUUUGUGUGUGUCCGUUUGAGUUUAAUUAGCACAAUCACGCUGGCUAAGAUGUUUUUAUAGGCAUACAGGUAUUCUUAGGAAAUUCUAUUCUGUUUUAUAGUGCACCAACCCUGACACACAUAUGUGUUGCGGAAGCCAAAAUUACAUGUAGCAAGUGACAUUCGGCACUUUUAAAAAUAUAUUUUAAUUUCAUUUGUUAAUAUGAGUUUAAAGUUCCCCAUGUUACAAACUUAUGAAACGUUGUUGAAGAACUGUCUUGUGUUUUCUUCUGGAGGACUGCUUGAAUGUAGAAGGGAAAAGUGCAGCAAACCAUUACUGUUACAUUUCAUUAUAUUUCAAGUAUUUCAUCUCAGUUGCUCAGACAAAAUCCACGUCUUAAAUCAGAAUAUUAAGUAACUCAGUCUUUCUCAUCUCCCUGCAGUUUUCUUACAGUGAUUUGAACAUGACGUGUAUAUGACUGUGUAUUUUCAAUAGAUAAGUCUAAAUCUCAAAUAUCAAUAUUUUGUACUUUAUAUUUAUAUGUUCAUAUGUGUUUGUUCUGUUUAUGUUUUGUUUAUAUAUUUGUGUAUUAAUAUGCUCUUUAAAUUGAUGUGUGUGGAGUAUCAUAUUUGAUUUGAUUCAGUAAUGUUCUGAAGCUUUGGAUUUUCACACCAAACAAACAGAAUACAGAAUACAUUUAUAUAUAUAUUUUUUUUUUCCAGUGCAAACUGCAAAAUCAGGAAUCCGGGCUGUGUUUUGGCCAUGUGCUUUGUUGGUUCAACAGUAUGUUUACAGUCUGUAUCAGUGGAGAGAUGUUACUUAGUGUGUUGUGGAUGUUGAACAUGUUAAAGAGAAGGUAAAUAGUCUUUUAAAUCAGGAAUGUAGAGGAGGAAAUGGGAAUAUUCACUUUACAUCAUGUGUUUCAUUGGAACCAAAGAACUGGUAUGACUGCUACCGAUCACUUUCACAGUGGUUUAUAUUCGCUCAUAUAUUAGCUGGAUCUUUUCUUCAUCUUUUCUGUUUUUUUUUUUUUUUUUCCCCAUAUGGAAUAAUUCUGUGUUUUACUCUAAUAGCUUGAACUUCAUACUGCAUACCACUGUUUCAGCCUGAUCAGCUGCAUUUACAGGUUCUGAACUCUUAUCAGAGGCCUUUGUCCCACUUACCUCGUACUUUAAAGACACUCAUGUCCGCCCUAAUGCAUGAUGUGUCAACCUAUAUGUGGAAGUCAGUCUUAUCUUUCUGUACUUUGCAAGCUGGGCAAACAAAUCUGUACAAAUCUGUUAUAUAUAAUAUUUGGUUAGGGGACAAAUCUGGGUGUUUGUGAAGCAUGUGGUGAUUCUCAUUGAAUAAAAAAAUCUUUUCAUGUCAUUUACAAUCUUCUCAGUGUUGGAGGCAGAUGUAAAGAUGUUAUUGCACCCUGACAAAUUUCCUGAUUUGUUUAGUUUUAUUACAUCUUUGUACUCAAAUGUUCAGUGAGAAUGUUUUUAUAUACUUAAAACAA